AUGGCGUACAACCCAAGGAUGAGCAUCAUUCCUCCGGGGCAACAACAUUCGCGCACGACCCAGCGCAAGGAGCCAGAAGCCGACGCGUUCAUGCUGCUCAAAGACAGCGAGAUUGUCGGCUGCAUCACUGACAUUGGAAUCCCGUUCACCGUCGCCGACCUGGCAAAGCCAAAUCCUCUCCAAGUACAGAUGAUCUUCGAGUGGUUCGCCGAGCUCAUCCUCAAUGCCACCCGCGAGACCGUCGACCCCGCCAUGCGUGCCGCCGCCGAGGACAUUGCGAGCGACAACGGCGAUAUGCUGUUCCCUCCGGACACGCGUAACCUCAUGGGCUUCUACGUGUCGCUGCGCCGGCUACUGCUGGAGUGUGGUAUCCGGGACUUCAGCUUCACCGAUCUGUACAAACCUACGCAGCCUAGGCUGGUCAAGAUUUUCAGCUACCUCAUCAACUUCGUGCGCUUCCGCGAGAGCCAAACCUCAGUCAUCGACGCGCAUUUCAACAAAGCAGAACAGACGAAAGCGCGAAUCGAGAGCCUAUAUAGUGACAAUCAAGACAUGGAGGCCCGGCUAGACGAGAUGCAGCAAACCCGGUCACAAAUGCAAAGACUGUGCGCGGAGAAGACACGACGCAACGAGGACCUGAAAAAGAGGCUGCUGGAGCUCAGGCGGGGUCAAGAGAAGGUCGCAGCUCGCUUGGAGGAGGCCAAAGAGAGAAAGGGCGAGUUGUCAACGCAGCUCGAGCAGAAGACAGCCGAGAAGCUGGCUGUGAAGCAUGAAAGUGCCAAGCUAAGACCCUACGUCUUGCAGAGCGCGUCCUCCCUGCAAGCGAGCCUGACAGAGCUGUCAAACACGCUCAGCAAUGACAAGUCCCACAUUGACUCACUCGACCGGCGGGCGCGGGCAUUACAAACCUCGACAGACUCCUUCAGCGUGGUAUCGACUGAUGUGGCAUCAUGUAUCAAGCUCCUGGACGAAAUUGCGGUGGAACUGCAGAAGGAGGAGGACGAGACUGCGCGCAAGAAUAAGCAAAAAGAUGCCCUGCUCGAACGGCGGACAGACGUCCAGGAUGUUGAGCGAGCUGAGACACUGCUGCAGCGGCAACUGGCCAAAUGGCUUGAGAGAACGGAGAAGCUUAGGGAGCACGCCAACCAGAAAGCUCAGGAGGCCAAGAGGAAGAUGGAGGAGCUGGAGAAGGUCCACAGGCAACUGAAGCAGGAGCGGACAGAGAAGGGAAGUGACAUGGAGAAACGGCGGGUACGGAUCGAGCAGACCGAGAAGAAGAUGCAAGACCUUAAGGAGGCCAUCGAGAACGAGGUACACAAUGCACAUGACGAGUACCUCAAGAUGGAGGCACAUAUCAAGCUGUACAUCACGGAGAUGGAGCAGGCCAUUCCGUUCAACGAGUGA